AUGGCGACCGAUCGCCUGAGGCGCAAGCUUCGCGAUGUGGAUCCGGACGAGCUUUCGACGCUUACAGAAAGCUUUUGCACCAUCGGCACCCCCUUACCCUCGCUCACCUCGCACAAGAAGGACCAGAACGAGCUGAAGCCGAUAUGGCAGCAAGAAGCGCGUGAUGCUCAGGGGAGAAGGAGGUUCCAUGGCGCAUUCACCGGAGGGUGGUCUGCGGGCUACUUCAAUACAGUGGGGUCCAAGGAGGGGUGGACGCCAGGCUCGUUUCGAUCGAGCAGGAAGGAUAGGCAGGACGGGGGUGGGGGAAGAGAUGGAGAGACAGGGAGGGUGGGCAGUCGACCGGAAGACUUUAUGGACGAGGAGGAUUUGCAAGAUUGGAAGGCUGCACAGCACGUUUCGUCGUCGUCUUCGUUUGGGGCGACGAAUCAAGUCGCUGGUCUGAGGGGGACCAAUGAUCCCUUGACAGGUGCUCUGCUGGGAAGCAUCGACGUCGGCGCGUCUACCGAUGACGAUAUCGGCUACCGGCUUCUGCGACGCAUGGGCUGGAAGCCAGGCCAAGGCCUGGGACCCAAGGUGAACGCAAGCAAGAGAGCGAGGUUGCUCAGCUUGAUCUCCACUUCUGAUCAGCCGGAGACGAUGAUCAGCUCGUCCAGUGUAAAGAUGGAAGAUACCAUGCUUUACUACCCACCUCCAACACCGCUCCUCACGUCAGCGAUAGGACAGCAAGGACGUUCGUCAAGGAAAGGCUUGGGCGCGCAAGACACGCCGACGCUCGCACAGACUCUUGCGAAGAAACACCUCAAUUCAGCUACAGAUGCGGCAUCUGUAGCACGUGCAUAUCGCGAGGACGCGGAAGUAUGGCCGGAUGGACGACCGCUGCUGUCUGGCUUUCGCCUCGCUCGACAGCCUCUUCCAGCCGAACACGUGUUCGAGGGCGAAGCCGUACCGGAGGGUUGGCAGCCGGAUCCAACCAGAGUGUGGGCCCGCUAUGCUGCCCCGUCCGACGAAAAGGUCCAGCAUCUUACUCCCGCGACACGAGGACAGCUUCUAGGCGAGGCCAAACUCCCAGGCCCUCCACCUAAUAUCGCCGCCUUCCUCUCGGCCAAAGCUCGCGAACGGCUUGCCUCGGACUCUAACUUAGCGCUACCCUCAUCACUAUCGACACAGCGCCCGCCGCGCACAGAGUACGUCGAUGCUCCUCGACUCGAAGUCGCCACCGCCAAGCAGGCUCUGCAAGGGUUUGCCCCCUUUGGCGCAGACGCAGCCAAGCAAGAGCGCUACCUUUCCUACCUACGAGGACAAGCCGACCCGGGAUCCGAGCAGGCAACGCGUCUGCCAGUACCUCUCGGUCUCUCCACAGAGCAAUAUUCAAACGAACUGCGAGAAUUUGCGAAGAGCGCCUCCAUGUUUCGUCCUAUGAGCUCGGCCAUCGCCAGCCGAUUUGCUCCUGCGAGUGCGGCGGUGAUGGAGCACGAGACGAGGGCGACUACGGCAACUCCGGGGUUGCGACAUCCCGCUCCAGCGUCUGCUUCCAAGGAUCGCGAUGUUUGCGAAUCUACCGUGGCAGAACCGGAGAGGGAGCUCUCCAUAGCGCAAAGCGCGGCCCAGAUGGGCAACUUCGGACAUCUCACUCGCCAGAUCGACACGUGGGCACCAGAGAGACUGCUCUGCAAGCGGUUUGGCGUGCCUGAGCCGCCUGUCUCUCGCAAGGGACGCGGUGAGGACCAGCCUGAAAGCUCCAACGCUCGGCCGUACACAGACGACGAUCCGGACCCCUUCUACGGCUCAUCGUCCAGAUCCAAAUCAUCUGCUGUUUCUGCUGUUCGAGUCGACCAGCACUGGGAACGCAACAAGGAGCAGCUCAAGGCACUAGCCGCCUCCGGUCAGACACCUCUCUCGCUCGACGCGCAGCUUUCCACACGACGCGACACACCACACACACCCGACGCUACACAGGACUCGCACGAACAAGAUACGGUCGGUAUGGCGGGCGACGAGCGCCAGGGACGCGAUACGCUGAGCUACGUCAAGCCGUCGAUGGAUGUAUACAAGGCGAUAUUUGCCUCGGACGAAGAAGCGUCCGAUGCAGAACAAGAACGCGAUACAACGACGAAGCCGAAGAUGCAGGAUCCAACUUCUGGAGUCGGUGUCGUGUUUAGGGCGAAGCGGAAAGACGGCGCUGAAGACGCGGUGGCACCGGUGCCAAAGGGGCAGGGCGACAAGAAGCGCAAGAAGGGGAAAGCGGCCAAAAAGUCGCUGCUAACGUUUGAUCUCGACGACGAGGGUGAGGCGGCGCAGGCCGAGGAAAGAGCGGCCAAUGGGGUGGUAGCAAGGAGCAAGACGAAGCCGAGGAUGAGGGCUUCGGAUCUGUUCUAG